GUCUUUCACCAGUAGUUGUUUUUUUGUCUCUUUGAGAGAUCUCUUCACUUGUGUUACAGUUACUAAUGGCUGAAGCCUGUGAAGGAAUGAGUUGGGUUGAUAAGCUAAAAAGAUACAAUGAUAAACAUACAGUGGACAAGCCAAAGCCCACGGAGAGUGAACAAGAAGAGGAGGACGAGCAACUGCUUGGAGAAUAUUACAUCAAGUUCAAGAACGCUACCGAUACAGAUAAGUACAAACUUAUCCCAAAGUUUUACUCCAAGCCUCCAGCCGAUGAUGAGAUCUUACAGCAGAAACUGAGGGAGGAUGCAAGGGCCACUUUUCUGCAGAGAAGAACCACUGAGUUGAUGGACAAUGAAGAGUUGCAGAAACUGUGGUUGUUGCUGGAGGAGAAUCCGACACCUCCUGAUAUCGGAGAGGAUCCAGUGAGUGUGUGUGUGUGUGUGUGUGUGUGUGUGCUUGGGGGAGGGAGAGGAGUUAUACUAGGUCAGGAGUGCAGAGAUAAAGGAUUGGAAAUGGAAAUACCCUCGAAUGAACAUCUGCCUUUCCCCGCGAUGAUCAGUUUUGUGGACUUUCAGAAAAUUGGAGAGGAGGUUGCAGACAAGUGCAAGAGCUAUUUCACUGCCGGUGUGUUCUCAAAGCUCCUGAACAAUGAUCCAUAUGGCAGGAUCUCCAUAUCUCAACUAUUCUCGUAUGUCAUGAGAAAAGUUUGGCUUCAGCAAACUAGGAUCGGACUCAGUCUGUUUGAUAUACAAGGUCUUGGUUAUCUCAAAGAAGUUGAUUUGGAGAAUUACAUUCUUGAGCUCAUUCCAACUCUACCUCAACUGAAAUGCCUCGAGGAAUCUUUCUAUUCGUUUUAUGUUUGCACAGCUGUGAGGAAAUUUUUCUUUUUUCUUGACCCAAUGAGAACAGGUAAAAUUAAGAUCCAAGAUGUCCUCGCCUGUGGGUUUCUGGACGAUCUCCUGGAGCUCAGAGAUGAGGAUCUUUCAAAAGAUGCCCAAGAAAAUAACUGGUUCUCUGCUCCUUCAGCACUACGUGUUUAUGGUCAGUAUUUGAGCCUGGAUACAGAUCACAAUGGAAUGCUCAGCCGUCAAGAAUUGGCCAGGUACGGAACAGGAACUCUCACAAGAGUAUUUGUUGAUCGGGUGUUUCAGGAAUGUCUCACUUAUGAUGGAGAAGUGGAUUACAAGACAUACCUAGAUUUUGUUUUGGCAAUGGAAAAUCGAAAAGAGCCUCAGGCUCUGCAGUAUUUGUAUCGUCUCAUAGACAUCAAAGGACAAGGUUAUAUCGAUGGAUUCACACUGAAAUAUUUCUUUAGGGCAAUUCAAGAUCAAAUGAAAGUGCAUGGACAUGAGGCAGUCAAGUUUGAAGAUGUAAAGGAUGAAAUAUUUGACAUGGUGAAACCAAGCGAUCCAUACAGAAUCACUCUUCAGGAUCUUCUCAACAGUGGCCAGGGAGAAACUGUGAUAAGUAUUCUGAUAGACCUCAACGGAUUUUGGACUUAUGAAAAUAGAGAGGUGCUAUUAGCAGAAGCUCAAGAUGUGAACACCAAUUAACAAACAAUUUUAACACAUCCGUUAUAUAAUUUCAGGUACUCAAUUGUUCAACUGUGUCAUUUACUUUUAUUGCUCCUUCAAUGAAGCUUGAACUGUC